GUUGAACUUAUCACCCAAGAUCAAAGAAAAGGAAUACCAACAUAAUAAACAGGAAGAAGAUAAUAGUUCAAAAUGGGUAGAGACCACACCGUAAAACAACAUGCCAGAUCUGGUCACCGUACUGCUCCAAAGUCAGAUAAUGUUUACUUGAAAUUAUUAGUCAAAUUAUACACCUUCUUAGCUCGUCGUACCAAUGCUUCGUUCAACAAGGUUGUCUUAAAAUCUUUAUUUUUGUCAAAGACCAACCGUCCACCAGUUUCCCUUUCUCGUAUUGAUCGUGCUUUAUCAAAAGCUGGUUCUGAACAAAAAACCAUUGUUGUUGUUGGAACUGUCACUGAUGACAACCGUCUUUUAGAAUUCAAAAAAGCUACCAUUGCUGCUUUAAGAUUUACUGAAACUGCCAAAGCCAAAAUCUUAAAGGCCGGUGGUGAACCAAUUACUUUAGAUCAAUUGGCCUUGAGAUCUCCAAAGGGUCAAAACACUUUGAUUGUCAGAGGUCCAAGAAAUGCCAGAGAAGCUGUUAGACAUUUCGGUAUGGGUCCACACAAAAACAAGGCUCCAAAAGUUUUAUCUAAAGGUAGAAAAUUCGAAAGAGCUAGAGGUAGAAGAAAAUCUAGAGGUUUCAAAGUAUAAGGAAGCUAAUAUACUUGAGGCUUUUUGGAGGCUGUUUCUUUUAUAUGAAUUUGUAAAAUAUAUACGUUGUAUCUGAAAGAAAUGAGUUCUGUU